GGCUUAAGCGGCUAAUACUAGAAUCAUUCGAACCGCAAAUCAGAGCUGAGAGCAAAACAAAGUAGCAAACUUCAAGCUUCAACUGUGAGUUUCUGCUCAACCAAAGACUUCGAUGGUAGAUUUUCCGCAAACCCAAUACUUCAACGAUGAAUCCCAAGUAAGCAGUCUCUUUCCUCUCACCUCUAUAUUCAACUGAAGACAUGAACUUGUUCUUGUUGUUGCAAUGAGUCCCAGCUUUCUUUUUGGAUGUGGGUUCCUUCAAUUACACUGAGUUUUCCCAGAAAGCUCAUUCAAUCACCAAGAACUAAUCUCAACCAUUUUAAGCUCAUCAAUUGGUUUUCAAGUUUCUCACUUUCUGAUGAUGAUGAUGAUUGUUGCACUACAAACACCAACACAAGCACCCAAGAGGUUUAUGGUGGUGGGAUUGUGUGUGGUUUCAAGUGGGCAUCGCCGCAGCAACCGGCUAUUGCCCCCUGUGAUUCAAGGUCUUCAGAGUCUGGUGGUAUUAGUUCGGUUACUGAUUGCAGAACAGACAUUACCAAUGCCAAGGGGAACCGUUUGGUUGCGGACUUGGAGACAUUGGAGGUUGUUAACAAGCUCAACGGGUUUAAAAGCAAACCCAAUUCGGCGCUUUCCUUGUUCCGCCAGUUGAAGGAAGAAGGGUUCCAGCACAAUGUUUUGACAUACUGUGCGCUUGUAAGGAUAUUGUGUUAUUGGCGUUUGGAUAGGAAGCUGGAUUCUCUGUUCUUGGAGGUUAUUAGUGGUGCUAGAGACGUUGGAUUUCGAUUAUCGGAUUUGUUGGAAGCGAUGGAGGAGGAAAUUGAGGUUUCCCCGUCAAUAGUUCGGGGUUUUGAUGCAUUGGUUAAGUCUCUUGUCAAUCUCAACAUGUUUGAUGAGGCUAGUGACGUUUUGUUCCAUACCAGAAGGCGUGGAUUUGUGCCGCAUAUCUUUACAGUUAAUUUUCUGAUGAAUCGGUUGAUUGAGCAUGGUGAAGUGGGUGCGGCUUUGUCUAUAUACAAGCAGUUGAAGGGGAUUGGUUUGGUCCCUAAUGAUUACACCUAUGCAAUUGUUCUCAAGGGAUUUUGUAAGGAGGGUAGGUUGGAAGAGGCUGGGGAAGUGUUUGAGGAGAUGGAGUUAGCUGGGGUAGCCCCUAGCGUGUUUGCCUAUACAGCAUAUAUUGAAGGGCUUUGCAACAAGGGGCGUUCUGAUGUAGGAUGUCAAGUGCUCGAAUAUUGCAAAAGGGAAAAUAUCCUUCUCGAUGCCUAUGCAUAUAAAGCUGUCAUUCGUGGGUUCUGUGAUGAAAUGAAAUUUGAUGAAGCAGAGAGUCUCUUUCUUGACAUGGAAAUGCAAGGCGUGGUGCCUGAUUCUUGCAUCUAUAGUGCAAUGAUCAGUGGCUAUUGCAAGAAUUACAAUUUGUUAAAGGCUUUGGCUCUCCAUAAUGACAUGGUGUCAAAGGGUAUAAAAACAAAUUGUGUGAUUGUUGGUUUUAUUCUUCAGUGCCUCUGUAAGAUUGGAAUGCCUUCUGAUGCUGUGGAUCAAUUCAUAGAAUUUAAGAGCAUGGGGAUAUAUCUUGAUGAGGUUACCUACAAUAUUGCGGUUGAUGCUUUAUGCACACUGCGGAGAGUGGAAGAAGCCUCCGAAUUGCUGGAAGAGAUGAAGCUUAAGCAUAUGAGCUUAGAUGCUAUGCAUUACACCACAUUGAUUAAAGGGUACUGUCUCCAAGGGAAAGUUGUUGAUGCCGCGAAUCUUUUGGAGGAAAUGUAUGAGAAGGGUUUGAAGCCAGAUAUUAUUACUUACAAUGUCCUUGCUGCAGGGUUUUCUAGAAAUGGACUGGUAUCUAAGGCGCUUGGCCUUUUGGUUUAUAUGGAGGCACAGGGUUUUAAACCGGACUCUGUUACACACAGCAUGGUAAUUGAGAAUCUCUGCAUAGGAGGAAAAGUCAAAGAAGCUGAAGCAUUUUUAAAUAAUUUGGUAGAUAAGAGUGAAGAGACCUACACUGCUCUGAUCCGUGGAUACUGUGAAGCUAACAAUACAAGGAAGGCCUAUGAACUUAUUUCUAGGCUGGCAAAGCAGGGAGCCAUUAACAAAGGUGCUUGCUUUAAGGUAGUCAGUAACCUUUGUAUGGAAGGUGAUAAUGACAGUGCUAUCUUGUUGUAUGAGAGAAUGUUCGCCUUAAAUGUGGAACCUAAGAGAAUUAUGUACAGCAAACUCAUAGCUUCUCUCUGCCAGGCUGGAGACGUGCAAAAGGCCCGCCUGUUUUUUGAUUCUUCAGUUGCGAGAGGGUUUACUCCUGAUGUCAUUGACUACACAGUGAUGAUAAAUAGCUACUGCAGGGGGAAUUCUUUGCGGGAAGCCCAUGAUCUCUUCCAUGAUAUGAAAAAGAGAGGGAUUCAACCUGAUAUCAUCACUUACACAGUUUUGCUAGAUGGAUUUUCGAAAAGAAACAUAAGAAGGGUUCGUUCCCCUCUAGAUGCAAGGGGAAAUAGGGAAGAAAUGGCGGAUGCUUCUACUAUACUUUGGACUGAGAUGAAGGAAAUGGGAAUAAGACCUGAUGCCAUUUGUUAUACUGUUUUGAUAGACAGGCAUUGUAAAACAGACAACCUUCAGGAUGCUAUUGCACUCUUUGACUUAAUGGUUGACAGAGGAUUAAAACCUGAUACAGUGACGUACACAGCUCUUCUGUCUGGCUGUUGUAAUAGAAGAGAUGUGGAUAGGGCUGUAACCCUAGUUAAUGAGAUGUCUUCGAAGGGAAUCCAGCCAGAUGCCUGCACACUGUCGGUUCUACAGCAUGGAAUCUUAAAAGCCAAAAAAGUGCAGUUUCGGAAAUAAGAACAGUUGAUAGUCAGUGCUUGGAUAAACCCAGGGUUGUGAAAUGGUAGAGAAUGCAAAGUUUCUCUUUGAGUAAGCUGGAUGGGUGUCCCCGAUACAACAAUAUGGCUUGCUGAAAGAGACUUGGUGGAAGCCUCAUUCACUGGGCCACCUGGCCCACCCCUAGCUGGAGGGAGAAGAACACUUCGUUACUAAGUAACCUGGAUAUCAUACAUUGAGCUGGUGUGUUGUGGAACAACUUUAUCACUUGCCCAAAGUGACUUGGUGGUGGCGAAACAGGGUUGUAAAUACAUCUAGCCCCUUGCCAGAUCACCCCAUAUUGGCCGGAAGGUCAUUCCACCUGGCAGUUCACCAGGAAGUCAACCAUGCUUAGUAUGUCUUUUCUCCCCAUGUCAUUGCAGGACUGUUGUUUAGUAAGACCAAAAAUUGUUUCUUUUUUUACUCGGGAGAAGGGUGAAAACAAGAAUCAAGUUCUCGAUCUGGCCUGAAUGUGGGAGUAACUGCUCCAUCACCUGACCAUUUUUACAAAGUUUGGUGAACUAAUCAAUCCAUACUCUACCAUCAGCCUGCCGUCAAAGUUGAGUUGUGCAUAAGCUUCUAUAUGACCCAAACAGUGGACAACAAUCUGCGUAUUCUCUACUGCUCUUUGUGCCGAUUGGCUUUCCUAGAUGCAUAGCAACCUGCGUAAAAGAUCUAUGGGAUGGGAUGUACCCUAAUUUAUCUUUUGCCCACUGUAAAAUAUUUAGUAGAUGUAGAAAUCAUCAUGAGAUUUUCAUAGAUUGUAUCCCUUGUUUGAAUAAAUCAUCGUGGGAUGGCAUUAAACGAAACUUCAGUUAGCUAAGGGCACAAACAAACUCAAGUGAAAGAUCAAACCAAGUUCUUAUUUUUU